UAAUAAAUGGGGAACUGAGUUAGGACUUGUACUGAGGAAAUUAAAGCGGAAGGACUUAAGAGUAUUGAUCACCAAGUUGAUUAUGUACAUUCUCUUCCUAAUAAAAAGAAGGAAGAAGAUAGAGACAAAUUUUAUCAGGAAAAUAUUCUGAAAAUCAUCAACAUCCAGGCAAUUCGGAGAGGAAAUAGGGGAAGAAAAGAAUACGAGAAAUUGUUAUUUGUUAUGAGGAAAGAAUCAAGGUAUUUUAGACUAGAAGAAUCUCAAGAAACUAUCCAAAAAGGAAAAGUUUAUAACUUUGACCAGCCCAGAGCUACAAAGAAGUACACCUACAAGUCAGGAGCUGUGUACGAAGGAGAGUGGAAGGGAGGUUUCAGAGAUGGUAUUGGAACUCAGAAAUGGCCAGAUGGAGCAAUUUACGAAGGAUCUUGGAGGUUUAAUAAAGCUGAAGGUAAAGGCAAAUUCACUCAUGUUGAUGGAGACAUUUAUGAAGGCGACUGGGUAGACAAUAAAGCUAAUGGGUUUGGAGUAUAUAACCACAAUAAUGGAGCUACUUAUCAUGGUUAUUGGAAAAAUGAUCUUCAAGAUGGUCAAGGAAGUGAAAGAUGGACAGACAAUUCAGAAUAUGAAGGGGAAUACCAAAAAGGCAAAAAACAUGGCUAUGGAGUGUACAAAUGGAAUGAUGGAAGUAUCUUUGAAGGCCAGUGGUUUAUGAAUAAAAUUUGAGGUGUUGGAAUUUACUCAUGGCUAGACGGUAGAAAAUAUAGAGGAGAAUGGAUAGAUAAUAAUAUGGGUGGAUUUGGAUUCUAUCUUUGGAAAGAUGGCAGGAAAUUUUAUGGGCAGUACAAAAAUGAUAAAAAGCAUGGCUAUGGGAUUUACAAAUGGGCAGACGGGAGAACAUAUCAAGGAUCUUGGGCUUUCGGUAAGCAGCAUGGCCUUGGUCGCUACACAAUGCCAGGUGCAGGCGUUGAUAAGUAUGGAAUAUGGGAAAAUGGCAGAAGAAUUGAAUGGCUUGACUCAGAAGUUGUUCAAAAUAUCAAAGAUGGCGACACUUCCUGGACGAAAUAUUUUAGAAAUAAUGACUCAGCUAAACAUAUUGAUAUACAAGCUGGUUUUACAAAGCCAAAAUGGUUUGAUACCAAGCUUUUGGAAGUAUCUCAGAAGAUAGGAAAGCUUGGCAGUUUCUAA